CCACGCAUCCCGCAGGGUUCGUGCUUCCAGUCUUCGCGACGAGAAAAAUACGGCAACGUGUUCAAGACGCACCUUUUGGGGCGGCCGCUGGUGAGGGUGACGGGAGCGGAGAACGUGCGGAAGAUUCUGAUGGGGGAACAUCACCUGGUGAGCACCGAAUGGCCUCGCAGCACCCGUAUGCUGUUGGGACCCAACACCGUGGCCAAUUCCAUCGGGGACAUCCAUCGGCACAAGAGGAAGGUUUUCUCCAAAAUCUUCAGCCACGAGGCUCUGGAGAGCUAUCUCCCCAAGAUCCAGCUGGUGAUCAAGGACACCCUGCGGGCUUGGAGCAGCAACCCCGAUCCCAUCAACGUCUACCACGAGGCCCAGAAGCUCACCUUCCGCAUGGCCAUCCGCGUCCUGCUGGGCUUCCGCAUCCCCGACGAGGAGCUCAACCGUCUCUUCGAGGUCUACCAGCAGUUUGUGGAGAAUGUCUUCUCCUUGCCUGUGGAUCUGCCCUUCAGUGGCUACAGGAGGGGCAUCCGGGCACGUGAGACACUGCAGAAGGGGCUGGAGAAAGCCAUCCAGGAGAAACUGCAGAACACACAGGGUAAGGACUAUGCCGACGCGCUGGAUAUCCUGAUAGAGAGCGGCAAAGAACACGGCAAGGAGCUCACCAUGCAGGAGCUGAAGGAUGGUACCCUGGAGCUCAUCUUCGCCGCCUACGCCACCACAGCCAGUGCCAGCACCUCUCUCAUCAUGCAGCUGCUCAAACACCCGCGGGUGCUGGAGAAGCUGCGGGAGGAGCUGCGCAGCAAAGGCAUCCUUCACAACGGCUGCAUCUGCGAGGGCUCCCUGCGCCUCGACAACAUCAGUGGUCUUCACUACCUGGACUGUGUCAUCAAGGAGGUGCUUCGACUCUUCACCCCCAUCUCUGGAGGGUACCGGACGGUGCUGCAGACCUUUGAGCUGGAUGGUUUCCAGAUCCCCAAGGGCUGGAGCGUGAUGUACAGCAUCCGGGACACCCAUGACACCGCCCCUGUCUUUAAGGAUGUGGACGUCUUCGACCCCGACCGCUUCGGGCAGGGCCGCAGCGAGGACAAGGAGGGCAGGUUCCACUACCUCCCCUUUGGAGGGGGUGUACGGACCUGUCUGGGCAAACACUUGGCCAAGCUCUUCCUCAAGGCCUUGGCCAUCGAGCUGGCCAGCACCAGCCGCUUCGAGUUGGCCACCAGGACUUUCCCCAAAAUCACCUUGGUGCCCGUGGUCCACCCAGUCGACGGACUCAAGGUUAAAUUCUUCGGACUGGAUUCCAACCAGAACGAGAUCCUGACGGGGACGGACGUCAUGUUGGGGGCCACUGUGUAGAGCCCACCAGGGAUGGGCGGCUGGGGAUGGAGGGGUGGGGUGGGGACAGGGAGAUGAACAGGAGGGGAGAGGAAUGAGGAGCUUCUCCACGACGCUCACUUGGCAGAGCCUCCAGGUUGGGACUGUUUCCUCCACCGGCAAAGCUGCCAAAAUCCUUCUGCUCCGGGCAUGGAGGAGCUUGGGGUGGCAUCGUGCCUCUCGCUUCCUCCAGAAAGAGGAAGAGUUGUGAAUCCCGAGUAGAACUGGGACUGUCUGACCAUACACAGUAUCUAAAUAUUAUAAAUAUAUAUAUAUAAAUAUCUAUAAAACACUUCUGCUGCCAGGAAGAGCGCUGCAAAGCCCCGAUGGUGGGAAAGGCUUUGAGAACCAGCUGGCAGCCAGUGGUCUGGUGGCCCAGCGUGGCCCGCCAAGCUUGUUUUUAACAGUGUUAAAUUAGCUGGUGAUAACAGUGUUUUAUUUUUGUUGUUGUUGUUGUCGUUCGUUUGUUUGGUUGUAUUUGUUUUUUUUUUUUAUUAUUAUUAUUUCGGGGCUCUGGGGGCUGCCCUGGGCGAAGGGGAGACGAGCGAUGCCCGUUCCCAUCCCACCCAUUUGGGCAGGUUUGGGGGAGUGCUGCCCUUUCGCCUCCACCGAGGGACCAAAAAACCCUGUGGUGCCUCGUCUGAGGCUGAGCCGUCUCUCCAAAGCCUCAGAUGAGUGUGGUUUGGGGUGGAGGGAGCUUCUUUUUUUUUUUUUUUCUCCUUGAGUUUCCUGCUGCUGCUACACAUCCUGUGUGCACCGCUCCCCCUUCCCCACGCAGAGGCAUCCCUUUGGGGGCAUUUUGGUGCCUUUGCUCUCCCUCAGGGUGUGGGCACCUCCACGAUCUGCUGCAGCUCUGUGUGCACUGAGCUGUUCUGUUUGGGUGCACCCUCUUCCACCGGAGGCAUUUUUGCAUUAAAGGUGAUCUCUAUCAAUAA